UCUCCAACAAUGGCGUUAAAAGUUGUGUCUGCUGCGAGAACUCAGUUGUACCAUUUCAAGGCGAUCAUCAUAGCCGGCAUGGGCCUCUUCACCGACUCCUACGACCUCUUCUGCAUCCCUCCGAUCAUGAACCUCAUCGGACGGGUGUACUACUAGAACGAGAUCGAGUCCGACGUCGAGAAGUACAGGGUCCCCCCCGCCGUGGCCUCGACCAUGGUGGCCAUCGCUCUUCUGGGAACAGCAAUCGGGCAACUGGUCUUCGGUUGGCUCGACGACCUAGUCGGGAGGCGCCGCGUGUACGGGCUCGCGUUGACGAUCAUGGUGCUCAGCUCCAUCAGAUGCGAGUUCUCCUUCUGCACGAGGAAGAGCUGCGUGCUGGUUAGUCUGGGGCUGGGGAUCGGUGGGGACUAUCCCCUGUCGGCGACGAUCAUGUCGGAGUUCGCGAACAAGAAGACACGUGGAGCUUUCACAAUGCAGGGCUUUGGGAUUUUGGCCGCUUCGACGGUCAGGAUGGUGGUGUGUGCCAUAUUUGACCGUGCAUCCAAUAUAUUGCCGGAAGAUCGAACGCCGCGAGACGCCGAUAUUGCUUGAGUAAUACUGAUGCUGGGUGCGGUUCCCGCUGCUUUUACUUUUAGUUUUUACUGGCGUAUGUCCAUGCCUGAAACUGCCAGGUACAUCAAUUAAUUAAUUAAUUGAUUAGUUCAGCAGAAUGUUGUUCAAGCAGCCUGGGACAUGGAGAAAGUGUUGGAAAUUUCGAUGAGUGAGAUUGUCGAACAGAACCCACCACUCCCAACUCCACCACCAUAUCCCCUCUUCUCCAAGCAAUUCUUUCGUCGCCAUGGCCGUGAUUUAAUGGCUGGUUCUGUUGGAUUUUCGUGGGCUUCACAUGACGAAAAAGAGCAUGGUUAUCCUCGAGCAAUUGGAAUGACUCCCUCAUUGAUAAUACUUUCCGGAGUUUGUCUUGUGGGAUUGGUGGUGACAUUGCUUUUCACACGUGAGACAAUGGGAAGGUCAUUAGAGGAGAACGAGAACAAUGAUGAACUUAUAAAUGAGAUGCCUUUGGGCAGAUCUCGUUCGGGUACAAGUUUGCGGUCACAUGAAGCUCUGAAUGAAGCUGCUCAUGUUGCCUAG